AUGAUAAUCAACAUUGACACUCGCACAUUCAACGGUUCUGGCCAGAGCUUGCCGCCAACUCUUGCCAAUAUCGGGACUUCGGAGGUUGCACUUGUAGAACUUCAGGGCGAGUUGGAAGUCGAGGGAGACAAGAGCGGACAGGUCGCGGCCAAACUCACGCUAGAUCCUGAAGGGAAGAAGAAGCCAUCGCUACGCGUCGGUCACCAUCUACUCGAGGGCAAGAUCGUCAACCUGUCCAAGCCGUUGGCAGUACUCGAGAAGCAGUCACGAGAGCCAGAAGACUCUGAAGAUGCUAGUAUAAGCUCGUCCGCCACGCCUCCGUCAUACGCAAUACGUGCUAUCGUGCGGAAGAAGCUCGUGUUCUCGAAACGACCUAUGCCCAUGGUCGCUGCUGGAAAUACACUCGCGACCGUUUAA